GGUGGGCUUUCCCUCCAAGUGCGGCUCCUGACCGGGGGUGCCGUCACUUCCGCUUCCGGCGCGGGCCAUUCGAAGGUUAUGGAGGACCCGCUGUACUCGGUGCCGGCCGCUGUGGCCGAGCUGGACACCUCCCUGUCGCUGCUGGAGGCGGGUAGUGGGCGGGCUCCGCUGGCGGUGGCGGAGCAGCAGAAGCAGCAGCAGAGCGCGGGCGCGAAGGACCCGGAGGACCCGGACCUGCUGCCCAUGGUGUUCCUCUGCGCCGGCUGCAAGAGGCCCGUGGGGGACACGUUGAGUUGGGUGACCAACGACGAGGAAGCGGGCUGCAUCCUGCUGCGCAGUGCGGCCAGCAGUGUCACAGUGGAGGAGGAACGCAAGCUCUCCAAGCGGCCUGGCGAGUGCGGAUGCAUGGUAGAAACAUUAACCUGCUCUGGCUGCUCAAUGACACUUGGCAACAUCUACAGAUGCACCCCAAAGCAUCUCGACUACAAGAGGGAUUUGUUCUGUUUCAGUGUUGACUCAAUUGAAAGUUACAUUCUAGGAUCCUCAGAAAAGCAAGCUCUUACUGAUGAAGAACCUUUAACUCUUGAAAAGAAAGCUGUCUUGGAAGAGGUACUGCAAAGGGCAAACACUUUGUUAAAGGCUCUGGAGACAAGACUGACUGCUGUUGAAUCGAGUGUGGCUUCUCUUCAUGUUAAAACCUGAAAGAAAUUACAUGCUGGAAGUCUAACUGCAGGAAGAUGAUGAAUGUGGAACAUGUCCUCUGGAAUCUGUGGAAGCAUUGCAAAAAAAUGUGCAAAAACCUGAGAGACAUUGGUGGCUCCUGCUGUGGUAGAACAAAGCUGACUAUGAAUCGUCACCAUAGACAAGGAGUUCCUCUCUUGCAUGUUAAAAGUAUACCCCAGAAAGAAAUAUGAUUUUUUUUAAUCAAGUUUCUGUGGACUUUUGGUUUAUAUGUAAAUAUUUAUUUAAAUGUUUAUCUAUGAAAGCAAAGCAUUUCUCUCUCAACUUUCCUGCUAUUCAGUAUCUUCUGAACUGUGUGUGCAUCUCCUUCCUAAACCAACUUAAAAAAGUUGCCUCUAAUGUCAGAAGGAACAACAUAGAUUUUAGUUUUGUUUUUUUUUUUUUGUCUUCACAGCCUUUGCUUGAUCUGUGUGCAGAGGUGGGAAUGGCACAAUAACUGUAUGGGGGUGGUUGGUUUGUGGCUGUGUCUUUGCAAACUACAGGCUAAAGCGUAGUGUAAAAGAAAGCUUUAAAAGCAUUAGACAAAAUGUCUUUCCACAUGGUAUUCAAGGUCAUAUCAUUUACAGCUUCAGGGGGUGGAAAACAAAUAACUCUUGUAACAGUGAAACGUCGUGCAUACUUGAGCAAUUAAUUAAAAAUGCUAAUUAAGAGCACUUGUCAAUAUUUUGUUGUUUUAAUGCAGAUAUUUGUUUGCCUUUGAUCUUCUGUGUAUUUAACUAAUUAUCAGACCUUCUUAUAUAGUGUGAAUGUUCCAAGUAAUUUUUUUAAUAAAACAAAAGCUAGCAGUUGGAGCCUAAAUGAAGAGUAACUUUUAAAAGGUUUUUCUUCUGUUUUAACGCUACUCAAUUUUACUACUGCAAGCUUUCAAGUUUUCUCCAAAAAUCUAGAAUGAAUUUCUUGCUGUUCUCCCACGUUGGUAGGCAGUGUUUAUCUUAAAAGCUUCUUCCCCCACCUUUUCCCCAUUUACUGCUUUCUUUUAAAGCAGCAUUCAAGUUUACCUUGUAGUAAAGUGCAAAGAUAUUUCAGUGUUUUUUUUGAUGCUUCCCUAGACAAACCCUUGGCAUGUUAGAGGUGGGAUGUUGAAUAACCUAACAUUUAUCAAUCUCGAGGUGUUUCUCUAGGGAGACCUUGUAGCAGACUUCCAGUACUUAAAGCGGCUGACAGGAAAGCUUGGGGAGGAGUUCUUUAUCAGGGAGUGCAGUGAUAGGACAAGGGGU